UAUGGCAAGGAUACAGUUGGGCUAUUCUUCUAUUCGCGGAAUGAGAGCCAAAUCUGCUCUUACCGCAGUCAUUUAUAGAAAAUCUCUUAGAUUAUCUAAUAGGAGCAAAAGGAAGACAACUGUUGGAGAAAUUGUUAAUCUUAUCUCGGUAGAUUGUCAAAAAAUUCAGGAUGUUUUCGUAAACUUACAUUGGAUAUGGAAUGCUCCUUUUAUGAUUAUCUCCGUGUUAAUAAUUCUAUACAAAUUAAUUGGUGUAUCUGCUUUUACCGGAGCUAUAAUUAUAAUGAUUUUGGCGCCAUUCAACACUUUCUACUUAGCAAAGAAAGUGAAAGAAUUGCAAAGAAAACAAAUGGAACUUAAAGACUCGAGAAUAAAGUUUGUCAAUCAGAUUUUGAUGGGAAUAAAAGUUUUAAAACUUUACGCAUGGGAACAAUAUUUCGCAAAUAAGGCAAUGGAUAUUAGGAAAAAGGAAAUCUAUUUGUUAAAAAAGGCAGCUAUUUACAAUGCUUUUGCAACCAUCACAUGGAUAUGUUCACCUUAUAUGGUUUCGCUUGCUUGUUUUGGUACAUAUGUCUAUUUUAGCAAUGAUAAUACGCUGACUCCCUCAAUGACGUUUACUUGCCUAGCCCUUAUUAAUAUUUUGAAUAUGCCAAUGAUAAUCUUAGGAAAUGCUGUCUCUGGCCUAAUUCAAGCAAUGAUCUCUGCAAAACGUCUAAGAGCUUUUCUCCUUUUAGAGGAGAGAGAUCCACUGUCGAUAUCAUAUGAUGUUUGUAGUGCUGACGCCAUAAGAAUUGAAGAUGGAACAUUUUCAUGGGAUGAAAGACCUUCUUUGAAAAACAUUCAAUUAAAUGUAAAAACGGGAUCUCUAGUUGCCAUUAUAGGCCGAGUUGGUGAUGGCAAAUCAUCUCUUUUAUCAGCAAUUUUAGGUGAAAUGACAACUCUUGAAGGGAAAGUUACAAUGAAUAGUCGUAGAUUAGCCUACGUUCCCCAACAAGCAUGGAUUCAGAAUUUAUCACUUAAAAAUAACAUUCUUUUCGACAAGUUAUUGAAUUCUAAAUCUUAUACGAAGGUUAUUAAUGCAUGUGCUCUAAAGAGUGAUAUGGAUGUACUUCCGGCUGGUGACGAAACUGAAAUUGGCGAGAGAGGAAUAAAUGUCAGCGGUGGUCAGAAGCAGAGAAUCAGCUUAGCAAGAGCUGUAUAUCAGGACUGUGAUAUUUAUCUUUUUGAUGAUCCUUUGUCGGCCGUUGACUCCCAUGUAGGAAAGCACAUUUUUGAGAAUGUCAUUGGACCAACUGGUCUUUUAAGGAAUAAAGUUAGAACAAGAAUACUUGUUACUCAUAGUUUGAGUAUACUACCAGACGUCGAUGAAGUUAUUGUCAUGAAAGACGGUGAAAUUAUUCACAGAGGACAAUACGAUGAGUUGAUGAAAACUAAAGAAAGUUAUUUAGAAUUUAUAAAGCUUCAUUCAGCGACGGAAGAUAAUCAAGAAGAUGAACAAAAUAAAAAAACGAUUUAUAAACCUAAAAGAUUAAUCAGUACGUUAUCAACUAUAGAAACCGGUCUUUCAGCAAGUAUGGAAAGUUCACUAUUCGAAAGACAAUCAACAACUGAAAAUAAUGUAUCAUCGAUUGCUAAACUAAUUGAAGAUGAAGGAUCGGAAGUUGGAGCGAUAAAACUUUCAGUUAUUAUCGCAUAUGUUAAGGCAGCUACUGUAUUUUUAACAAUUCUUUUGGCGGUAUCCGUAGUAUGCCUUAUAUCAACUAUAACUGGAACGAACAUUUGGCUAGCAGCUUGGAGUACAGAUCCAAAGAUCCUAAAUGCUACUAAUCCUUAUAAUCAAAUAAGAUAUCGUUUAGCAAUAUACGGAGUAUUUGGAAUAGGUCAAGUCUUAUCCGUUCUCGGGAUAACUUUAACAAUUGCUUUUGGAAGUAUGAUAGCUGCUUCAACAAUCCACAGUCAACUAUUGAUGAACAUAGUAAAAAGUUCUAUGAAAUUCUUCGACACAACACCUUUAGGAAGAAUCCUGAAUAGAUUUUCCAGAGAUAUUGAUUAUCUAGAUAUUAGUAUCCCUUUGUAUAUGACGUUCACUUUGAGCUCUAUUUCGCAAGUUAUAGCUACAAUUGUUAUGAUGAUUGCAAGUACACCAAUAUUUUCUGCGGCGGCUAUUCCAAUGGUUCUGAUAUAUGGAUUUGUACAAAGGUGUUACAUGGGCUGCGCUAGACAACUUAAAAGACUCGAUGCUAUUAAAAAGUCGCCGGUCUUUGCGUUCUUUAGUGAAACUUUGAACGGAGUUUCUUCCAUCAGAGCCUAUAAAGUAGAGAAUAGAUUCAUAGACAAGAGUGAUUUUCACUUAGAUGAAAGUCAAAGUACCUGGUUUCAGGUGUUUUCAUCGUUUAGAUGGAUAGCUAUUCACGCCGAAGCUAUUGGAGCAGUCACAACUCUUAUUGCAACGAUUAUUGCAAUCUCUCAAAAGGGUAAAGUUGAUCCUGGUCUAGUGGGUGCAAGUGUUAGCUACGCCAUAAUGACUUGUAUACAAUUGGUUGUUUUACUUCGGAACUCUUGCGAACUCGAAAGCUAUAUCGUUUCUGUUGAAAGAAUAAAGGAAUAUAUAGAUCAGCCAACAGAAGCACCUUGGAAAAGUGAUCAACAUUUAUCAAUUGACUGGCCAGAAAGAGGUCGAGUUUUAUUUAAAGACUACAGUACAAAGUAUAGGCCCGAAUUGGAUUUUGUCCUAAAGGAAAUGAACCUUGACGUUCCGGAGGGAAUGAAAAUUGGUAUUGUAGGAAGAACUGGUGCUGGAAAAUCUUCUCUUGCAUUAUCUUUAUUUAGAAUUAUUGAAGCAGUAUCCGGAUCAAUUAUAAUAGAUGAUAUAGAUAUUAAGACUCUAGGUUUACACGAUCUAAGAAAGAGGCUGACUGUAAUUCCUCAAGAUCCCGUUAUCUUUUCUGGUUCACUCAAGUUUAAUAUUGAUCCCGGAAAUGACUAUACUGACGAUGAAAUCUGGACGGCCGUUGAACAUGCUCAUUUGCUCAACUUCAUUUCCACUUUACCAGAACAGUUAGAUUACGAAUGCGGAGAAGAUGGAGAGAAUUUAAGCGUGGGUCAAAGACAGCUACUCUGCUUAGCGCGAGCUCUACUAAGAAAGACCAAGAUACUAUUACUCGAUGAGGCAACUGCUGGAGUUGAUUUAGAGACUGAUGAACUUAUUCAAAGGACUAUUAGGCAGCAGUUUAAAUUUUGCACCAUCAUAACAAUAGCUCAUAGAAUCAAUACUAUAUUGGAUUAUGAUCGAGUUGUAGUAAUGGAUAAAGGAAAUGUACUUGAAUAUGCUAAUCCGCUAAAACUAUUAUCGGAUGAAGACUCAAUAUUUCAUGGAAUGUGCGCCGCCGCAAAAAUAUCUAUCAAUAACAUUACAGAUUAUCAAGAGAAAAGGAGAAAUAAUUUCGACUAA